AUGGCAGAAGGCAUAGGUUUGGCUUCCGGAUUGCUUACUCUGGUAGGGUUCACCUUCAAAUCCAGCGUCGCGCUUUACCAAACGGUCCAAAAUAUCCGCCAUCAUCCGGACACUGUGCAAGAUCUCCAACAAGAGCUUGAGGCUUUGCAAGGAGCCCUACGGUCACUUACCGAGACGAUCGGUGUCACGGCGGAAGCAGAAUUUUCUGCGCUCAAUCUCCCUCUGAAGCGAUGCGGCACUGCCUGCCAUGAGUUCGAACAGAAGCUUCUCAGCUGCGUGUCGAAAUCCGGCAGCGCCCUGGAGAACUUCCGAGGCUGGGCUAGGCUACGAUAUCUGGGUGAUGAUGUAGACAGCUUUAGGCGGUCGCUGGCGGGAUACAAGUCUAUUAUCCUCAUCGCCGUAACCGACGUGACUCUACGUAAAUCCUCCAUCACCAGCAACAAACUGGAGGAGCAUAAAGCCAUGAUCGAGAGCGCCACUGCCAGCCUCGAAGAUCGCCUUCAAGUGAUUGACGACAAACUUGAGUCGAUAUUUCAACACACCGUAUCAGCGUCCGAUACAGACGCCGCCGAGUUACUGCAGAUCAAGGAGGACCGUUUGAGCACGCAGAGGUGUCUCCAGAUCUGCAACCAACUCUCCGACCACAUUGAUCAGAUCCAAGUCCCACCCAUGCGGCGCAAUCCCAGCUCUCCGGGCUCGAUCGAUCCCGGCAGAGUCACCAGCGAAGGUAUUCAGGAAUGCAAGAACAGGCUCGCCGUAACAGCUGCGAUACUGGACAAGAAUAUGCAAGAGUUGAUGGAGAGACUGGUGAAAAAAUCGAAAGCAGCCAUGUCGAACGAGGAGGAAGCGGAGGAGCUUGCCAAGUUGCAGGCAGACUGGGAGUCGGCUCGCGAAUGCAUUGAGAUCUGCUCCAAGGCGGACGCGAAUCUGAACGAGAACAUCAGCGUCAUUGACAACUUUGCUACGGGCGAUGAUGCUGUCCAGUUCCUGGUCUCAACGGAUGGCAAGACGAUACACGCUAAGAACAGAGGAUACGGAAUGCGACCGAGGCAACUUGGGGGUCACCUCAGCGAUGAAUCCCUUCAGCAGGUAUCACGCGAUAUGUCCCUUGUUGCUUUUCACAAUGCCGUGAAUGGCAGAUCACCCAUGCAAGACGAUUUACGCCAGGUUUCGGAUGAGGUGGUGAACCGGUCUAGCUUCGGCUUCCAGGAACGCCAUGGCCGGGGUAUCAAGCUCGAGUCUACUGCAAAUCCAGUCAUAUCUUCGAAAGGGGCAGCUGGGGGUGAGGGAAGUAGGCAAAAUCCGAGCGCUAUGUAG